CACCGGCAAUCAAUCAACCAACCGCCCUGCUGCCCACCUUACAACCUACCCACCUAACCUACACCCACACACACAGACGCCCGCAUUUGACUUUGUCUUCGCAACUCUUUACACGCUCUACCUCGAAGCUUCUUUUUUCAUCUUACUGCUUAUUCCCCCAACACAAACCCCGUUCCCGGGCAAACGCCUACAAAAUCAACGCGCAUCUAUCGUCACGACAUCUUGUUUAAUCUUGCCGACGGUCGCGGUCACCGUCGCCCGCGCGUCAUAAAUCAUGACGUCUGCCGGCACUGCGUCGCCGUCAAAACCACAAACACAUCACCAUCACCAAAUGAGUUCACCACCGCAACAUCCGCCAGCUACAACUACAACUACAACAACUACUACUACUACUCCUGCCUCCCCUCCAAGCAAGCGAGAUCUGAAAUCAUGGUGGAAGGCUUUUCAAACUCGGUCAAGACACCAAGAGUCUCAAGAAUCACAACCUAAGGGCAUAUUUGGUGUUCCUCUACGACAAAGCAUUACAUACGCGAACGUCGCUAUUUCACUUGUCGACGAAGACGGUAAAAGCUAUAUAUAUGGAUACGUACCAAUUGUAGUGGCCAAAUGUGGUGUUUUUCUAAAAGAAAAAGCUACCGGCGUGGAAGGAAUAUUCCGCCUCAGCGGCUCGGAGAAGCGCAUUAAGGAGCUUAAAAUACAAUUCGACUCGCCCGAUCGAUAUGGUAAAGGUCUUGUGUGGGAUGGGUAUACAGUCCAUGAUGCUGCCAAUGUCCUCCGACGGUACCUGAAUGACCUGCCAGAACCCGUCGUUCCACUAGAUUUAUACGAACGAUUCCGAGAUCCCUUGCGUGGGCACACGAAGCAGGCGGUCGGCGACACUGAAGGUACCCAACUCGUUGACAAUUUCAACGAAGCUGAAGCUAUAGAAAAAUAUCAACAGCUUAUUAAGGAGCUGCCCCCCCUCAACCGACAACUCCUAUUGUACAUUUUGGAUCUGCUCGCAGUUUUUGCUGCCAAGGCAGAUGAAAAUCGAAUGACAGCCCAAAAUCUAGCUGCCAUCUUCCAGCCUGGAAUGCUUUCGCAUCCGCAACAUGCCAUGGCACCCGAGGAAUACCGACUCAACCAAUGCGUUAUUAUAUUCUUGAUUGAAAAUCAAGAUCACUUCUUAAUCGGUAUGCAAGGUACUGGCACGGAUGAGAGGACUAAGCAGGAAAUUGAAAAGGGCCCACCGACGGUUGUCACGCCUGCGACACCGAACCGCAAUACCGGCGUUACAAGAUCUGCUUCAAGUGCUAGUGCUGGCGCCGAGAGUGUUAGUAGGGAUGGCAUGAUUCGGCGGAAUCGUUCCACAUCAUCGCGGCACUCAAUCCACUCCAAUGGUGCUUCCACACCAGGUAGUCCUGCUUUGACGCCGAACGGGGGGCUUGCAAGAAGUAAUACGGUUCCGUCUAAGAAGUCGCCUCAUAUUCCUUCCGGAAAAUUCCAACCUCGGCAAAGUUCACCCACUGUCUCGGUAGCUCCAUCUUCCCCUUCACCCGCUGGCCCUACUACGGGCGCGCCUCCUACGGUAGCUGAAGAAGCGUCAGCUGUAACCGAACAGUCUCCUGCGACGUCGCAACUCUUAACUCCGAUGGCGGCAGGGUCACAAUCAGCUGGAAGAAGCCAGGAAAGAUUAUUAGGCCCUCCUAUCGAUAUUGUAACCCCAUUAAGGGAAAGGAAUCUGCAGAGUCUCUUCCAGCGAUCCCCAAUUGCUGAAGGUGAAAGGCGACAACCUAACAAGCUACGCAAAAAGCGAUUACCCGGUAGUACCAACCCCAGUGCACAAAGUUCGACCGUCUCGCUUCCCCAUUCGGAGGCAGUUUCCCCCGUUCAUGAAGUUUCGGAUCCGAUAGAACAGAAAACCCGCCACCCGGGUCCUACUAAUGCAGAGAAUGGUAGCUCUAUAGAAACGCCUUCAGAGCCUACACCACGGGCGUCCCAGGUCCCGUCCGCAAGUCCCGCCCACGCCGAGACAGAAAACGGCACUACGCUCAAGACCAAGACCUCUCCUUCGACGUCCUUGCACUCGUCAUUUAAUGAGGGUUCCGAUGUAGAGCAGCUGGAGGGGGUGGCGCUCGUUUCCUCUCCAGAUGCGGCCGAAAAGGAGAAGAAGCAUCGAUGGCGUAUAUCCCGACGAAAGGAGGACCUCUCAAGUGAGCAAGCCCAUAAUCUCGGCAACAAUUCCCAUGCCGAGUUAAGCACAUCCUCGGUUGGAAGUGGACAGAGACCACGAAAGAGCUGGACCGGCGAGUCCUCGGAUGUGGCAGCAGCCCUAGCGGAAAGCGAGGCCGGAACUAGGGAGAAGGAAGAGCUCAAAGGUCCUAUCGGAUGGAUUAAGAAUAAGUAUCGGGAAACGAAGGAGAAUAUAGAGGUUAAACGCACAAAGUCCCCUCCAAGAGAUCAAGUGCAGAACCAAGUUCAGAGCUUUCUGGCCUCAGGAAGAAGUGUGGAGACUAUGGGAAGUAUAGAUGAAAAAGGAGCGCCCACAAGUCCCGCUCCUGCUCGCGUUGCAACACCGACAUCCGAGAUGAAUUCUGUACGAGAGCCACGAGAGCCACACGAGAUUCCUUUACCGAGCUCUCCACCGCCUGCUCGUACGACGCACGACGAGAAGCCUGCACAUCCCUAGGAGGAAGAGACUUCGGAUCAAGAUGGUGGCCUAUUCUGCUGGGGUAUGACAAUUAGGCUGGUGAACCAGACACGCCCAAACCUCCGCAAUGCCCGAACAAGA